UCUGAAACCCUAAACCUUCCGAUUCUCUCGGCUAUGGCGAUGCCGAUUGUUUCCGGGGAUCAGUACCUGGAAUCGCUCGUGAAAUUCGUGGAGAACGAGGCGGAGGAGCUCAUUGAAGGGAAGCUGGUUUUGAAGCUGAAUCCAAUGGGUUUGCGGUACGUGCAGUCGAGGCUGGAGGCGCUGGAGGAGCUGGAGAGCUUGUCGGUGGGAGCGCCGGUAGAUUAUUUGAGGGCGUAUGUUUCUGAUUUGGGUGAUCACCGCGCGCUCGAGCAGUUGCGGAGGAUUCUGUGCUUGCUUCCGUCUUUGAAGCUUGUCUCUGUUCUGUCGCCGCCGGCGAGAGACCCGACGCCUCUGAUUUUGUUGCCGUUUUGGAGGUUGAAGGUUUUGGAAUUGCAUGGAUGUGAUUUGUCGACGUCGGCGGCCAAGGGGUUGCUCGAGCUGAGGUUUUCGCUCGAGAAACUGAUUUGUCAUAACUCUACAGAUGCAUUGCGGCAUGUAUUUGCUAGUAGAAUUGCAGAGAUAAAGGAUUCAAACCAGUGGAACAGAUUGUCUUCUGUUUCGUGUGCGUGGAAUGGUUUGGUUCUGAUGGAUGAGUCCUUGCAGCUUCUUCCGGAAGUUGAAACUCUUGAUCUUAGUCGGAACAAAUUUGCAAAGGCUAUCAAUCUUCAGAGGUGCACCAAAUUAAAGCAUCUGGACCUGGGAUUCAACAGCCUAAGAAGUAUCGAAUCACUUACUGAGGUCUCUUGUGGAAUUGUUAAGCUUGUGCUGAGGAACAAUGCUUUGACCAAAUUGCAUGGAAUAGAACACAUGAAGUCACUUGAGGGGCUCGAUCUAUCAUACAAUGUCAUUUCAAGAUUCUCGGAGGUUGAGAUCCUUUCUGGGCUUCCAUCUCUUCGAAACUUAUGGUUAGAAGGAAAUCCUGUCUGUUUUGCCAGAUGGUUUCGCCCCCAAGUUUUUAGCCUUUUUCCUCAUCCACAGAAUCUUAACCUGGAUGAGAAGAGAAUCUCUGCUUGUGAGUCAAUGAAGCGGCAGGUUAUAGUUGCACUUAGGAAAAAGCGGCCUUCUAGUUUUGGAUUUUAUUCACCAGCCAAAGAUAAUGCAGAUUCAGUGAAGAGUGUAUUUACUAAAAGGAAGCGGAUGUCUCGUCUUGUCAAUUUGGAGAGUGAAGGGCAAAGACCGUAUGUAUGUUCUCGUCGAGAUUCAGCAUCUAAUGAGAAUGAGAUUCAAAGAAGAAAUGAGAAUGGUAUUUCAGUUGGGGAAGCUGAUAUAGAACAGCUAGGACAGAAAAUUGAUUUCAUGAAAAAGGAAUAUUCUGCUUUAUGGUUGCUGGAAUUUGAAAAGUGGAUGAACCAAACCAAAGGCAAUAUUGUUGAUGAUUGUAAAUCAACUAAUUUUACCUUGUUCAAGGAAACAAAGAUUCAUAAGGAAGGUGAGAAACAAGAUAAAGUUGUGUGUGAUUAUAUCCAGUUGUCUCGGGGUGAGGUUAACACAGCUGUUCUAGAUUCUGAUGCCCUCUUAGUAGAUGCAUCGGCCUCUGCUAGUAGAUGGCAGAGAUCUCAUCUAACUUCUGAAACAGCUUCGAAAAAUGAUGUGGUUCACGUUAGAAAUAAACCUUUAGCAAACCAGUUGAAUUUAAGUCAGGGAGGACCUAGAACCUUAAAUAGUGAUUUCUUUGGAUCUUCGGAUGCUGGAAACAUGCAUUGUACCGAACCUUCAGAACGGAGAGGGGACAACAUGAAUGUCAAGAAUGCAAUUCUCUCAACUGCAAUUAACAAUACAACUGCAUUCUCUUCAGCCUUGACUUUCUCUGGAUCUCCCCCUCAUUACCAAGAAAGUGUUCUACAUCAAUGCCAUGAUCCAGAAAAGGAACUUCUGCAGGGAUCUUCUGAAUCCCUGUCAUUGGCCUCAUCUGAUGGCAAAACAAGUCGUAGUGAAGAUGAUUAUGCAGAAUUUGGCUUUUCUGUAUCUCUGGAUGAUCAAUAUGCUAUUGACAGCUUGUCUCGAAGGAAUCUAAAAGGUUUUUUUCUAUGUUCUGAUGAAGAUGAUACGGGUGAUGCAUAUCAUGACAGAAAGUUGUCACUGGAGCAAAAUGGGGAGCACAUCGUGUCAUACUGAAGGACAUUUCAUCAGUAUUGAAGGUAGAGAUUUGGAACGUCAAACCACGCCUGCAUAUCUUCACAAAUGCUGAGGCCCAUGAACGAUGGUGAUUAAAUUAAGUGUGUUUUAGUAUUGAGUAAAAUGAUGGGAGAAUGCAAAAUGUAAAAGAGUGCUCAAAAGAAGGAUGAUUUCCUUGUAUUCAGUGUUAUUCCCUUAUUGACACCGAAACAUCAUAGAAGGACUUGAUCGGAUAGAGAUCUACAGAAGUGUAAUAAAGUUUGAAAAUAAAGAUGCAUGUUUUGCCAACGAUACGUGGAAAUUAAUUCUAGAAAAUUUUCUGCAGCGAAAACAUACUUGAUGUGUCUGGCAACUGUGACAGUGGAAAUUGUUUCGGUGUUAGAACAUCAAAUGUUGGGAAAGAUAAGUUCAUUGAAAUUAUUGUUUAUCUGACCAUCGCUAUUCCUGGAGCUAAUGAAAAUCUGAUUGAAGUAUAUGGCACUGGAAUUGCCUGUUCCUGGAUAUAUCAGAGGACAAUUAGAAGAAUUUUCUUAUUUUUAACUAUCUGAAAAUCCAUAUACAACUUGCAUAUUAUAUGGCCUUUACCUCAGUUUCAACAUAUUUUGUGAGGUUUUUACUUUGUACUAUCCCUUACAAUAUCGUACCCUUUGUAAAUACAUGAGCUACUUCUUAUGAGUUUAAUAUCGGCUCUCAGAUAGUUAUUCUUGGCUGUAGGGUAUUCAAAUUGUGCUUAAUAGAAAUCACAUCAUCAAGUUGUGAUUAUUUAUUUAUUUAUUUUGGUCUUAUGGAAGGAUGUAAUCCUCUCACAGCAUUGUUGGAGAACCUGCUAUGAAUAAAGCACGUAAAUGAAGUGUAUUGGUAGAGCAUAUUAUAUGUCAAUACCAAAACUUCUAAUGUUUUAAUGUGGCCAUUGGAUUCUGAUAUCUAUAAUGUUUCUGUAAUGAAUGUAUCUAAUCCUGUCACACAACACUUCAUUGACAAUUUUAAUACCUAUCUCAUCUGUAUGUGUAUUUGCUUACUUAUGUGACUUAUAUUAUAAGCUCUAUUGGUGCAAGCCAGUACUGAAGGAUCGCUGAUAUGAAGUCAAAAGUUUAGAACUUGUUUCUUUGAAUCAUAUACAUUAGGAGCUAAACUUUAUUUUUGCGUCGAUGACAUUUGAUUGCAUGUACUAGGAAAGUCAUUGACCUUUGCAAGAUGCCAUGUGCAUUCUUGAUGCUUAUGGUUUAUUUGUAUAAGUGCACUUCAUGUUAUAUUUUGACUUAUCAAGGUGGGGUUUUAAGAUUAUUUAAAAGUUCACCCUCUUCCCCAUUUUAGAUUUAUGGAGAAGUAAUUUUGUUAUGGAGCAGCAUAACUUUAUAAUAUACUUAUUGCAGAUGCAUAGCUUAUGCUUAUACAUACACUUCACUCUCUCUUUUUCGUAUUUU